GAAUGGGAAGCAGCUCCGAAGGCCCGACUCACUUCAAGGUGGGAGAUUUCUUGGAAGAGCAACGAAAUGGCAAACCAACACAGACAUCCCGUUCCCCUCCCCUCGUACUGCAAAGUCCUGUUCCCCUCUGGAAUGUGGCUAAUGCUGGGACAUUGUGCCCACCUGCCUUGAUCACACCCAGCACACUGUUCUCAUAGUAGCACAGCGGCACCGGGUGCAAGCCAGAACACAAACCCGUCCUCCAUUCCACUCUCUGAUUCCCGCCAGAUGUGAUGGUCUACAACUUCCCUCACCAUGGUCAGUACUAAGCAAAAGGCAGAUGGGAACCAUGCCGGACCACCGAUAUACCCUGAGCAGAAGGAUUUUGAUAUGAUCUAUAGAAUUGAAGAUGCGCCUCCUUGGCAUCUCUGCAUCCUGCUAGGAUUUCAGCAUUAUUUGACAUGUUUCAGUGGCACCAUCGCAGUUCCCUUUCUACUGGCAGAAUCCCUGUGCGUAGGGAAGGACCAAUACACCAUUAGCCAGCUCAUCGGUACGAUCUUCAGCUGCGUGGGGAUCACGACUCUUAUCCAAAGCACUGUGGGAAUUAGACUGCCUCUGUUUCAAGCCAGCGCCUUGGCCUUCCUGGUUCCCGCCAAAUCUAUUCUAGCCCUGGAGAAAUGGAAAUGCCCUCCAGAAGGGGAGAUCUAUGGCAACUGGACGCUACCAUUCAACACGUCCCACAUUUGGCAGCCGAGGAUGAGAGAAAUCCAAGGAGCAAUCAUCGUUUCCAGCCUGGUUGAGGUGGUCAUUGGUCUGGUGGGCCUCCCUGGGGCCAUGCUAAACUACAUUGGGCCCCUCACCGUCACCCCCACCGUCUCCUUAAUUGGCCUGUCUGUGUUCCAAGCUGCCGGCGACAGAGCGGGAUCGCACUGGGGCAUUGCAGCACUGUCAAUUUUCUUAAUCAUUUUGUUUGCUCAGUACCUACGAAACGUGUCUUUUCUCCUCCCUGGCUACAAACGGGGAGAAGGGUGCACUGUGUUCCGAAUUCAGAUCUUCAAGAUGUUCCCGAUCAUUCUGGCCAUCUUGGUGGUCUGGCUGCUGUGUUACAUUCUGACAGUGACAGAUGUAUUUCCUCGUGAUGUAGAUGCCUAUGGAUUCAAGGCCAGAACAGACGCUAGAGGAGAAAUAGUAUCCAUUGCACCGUGGUUCCGCCUCCCUUACCCUUGCCAGUGGGGAAUCCCCACAGUGACAGCCGCCGCCGUGCUGGGCAUGUUCAGCGCUACCUUGUGUGGGAUCGUUGAGUCUAUUGGCGAUUAUUAUGCUUGUGCUAGGCUUGCCGGUGCUCCGCCUCCUCCUGUGCAUGCCAUUAACAGGGGCAUUUUUACAGAGGGAAUCUCUUGCAUCAUUGCUGGUCUGCUGGGCACUGGCAAUGGUUCUACUUCCUCGAGCCCCAACAUUGGCGUCUUGGGCAUCACCAAGGUAGGCAGCAGGAGAGUGGUACAGUACGGUGCUGGAAUCAUGCUCAUUUUAGGGACCAUUGGCAAAUUUACAGCUUUGUUUGCCUCCCUCCCUGACCCAAUCCUUGGAGGGAUGUUCUGCACGUUGUUUGGCAUGAUCACAGCAGUGGGGCUCUCCAACCUGCAGUUUGUCGACAUGAACUCCUCCCGCAACCUCUUCGUCCUGGGCUUCGCAAUGUUUUUUGGCCUCACCGUCCCAAACUACUUAGAUUCGCGCCCGAAUGCUAUCAACACAGGUAUUGCUGAAGUGGACCAAAUAUUAACAGUGCUCUUAACCACAGAAAUGUUUGUUGGAGGUGGCAUUGCAUUCAUACUGGACAAUACCAUCCCAGGGACUCUAGAGGAACGUGGCCUAGUACAAUGGAAGGCUGGGGCACAUGCAAACAGCGGCACGUCUGCAAAAUUGAAGAGUUACGAUUUUCCAUUUGGAAUGGGUGCGGUUAGAAGGAUCCAGUGGUUAAAAUAUGUGCCAGUGUGUCCAGUCUUCGUGGGUUUUCACUGCGGAACAAAGAGGGAUUCCAGCACACCAGAACAGACAGCAAACACGGCAGAGAUUAAAGUCGUAUGUACAAAAGUUUGAAGAGACUCCCAUAAGGUAUGGGAGUUUGGACCAUCCCAGAUAGUAGGGUAUUUAAAUCAUACCCCAGUGAACAUGCCUCAAGCAAGUCACACUGGCAGAGGAGAUGCACGGUUGGUCAAAGCUUUUUUUACCUUCUUUCUCCAACAUGUCGAGUUAAAGAGAAAUGGUUCAGCCUGGCGAACGGUUUAGCAAUCUGUAAAUCAGCAAGACACCUUUGUUCAUGGGCAGAAUUCCGCCACCCCCUUUCAGUUCUGUAUAUCCUGUAUGUGCUUGGAAGGAAAAAGAUAUGUUGGUGCUAUGUUAUGUUUUUGGAAGGCCAUUAGCAGAAUUGUGUGUAUUCUCCUGUCAAAGUAAGCAAGUAAGUAAAUUCCAGUGUCAAAAUGAUUCAGUCAAGUAUAAUUGCUGUAAACUUAAUUUGAUUUUUACAGCUAGUCUACUGUUGUGAUUCAAAUUAAGGAAUUUGGGACAUUUUGAGGGCAAGAAAUGAUGCAACAGGUGGAAGGUAUUGUUAGAUACACAAAUAUGAGGACUGAUUGGAAUUCUCAAGGAACCAGUACUGUUUCCAGUACACUUCUAAGUAAAGUGUUGUGGACACUUAAAAAUAAAUAAUGACCUUGCUGUAAAAAAAAUAUGCUAGCUAAUAACAACAAACCUUGAACCACAUUGCUAUGAAAGCUUUUAAGUAAUUAUUAAGCAUUUUUUUCUGAAAUCCCCUCCAAAUGCAUACAAACAGAGCUCAGCUCUUCUUCAUUGUUCCCCAGCUCAGGUUAUGCUUGCUCUGAAACUGUAAUACAGUGCUUAAGUAGCACUCUCUACAAUUUAUCUCUGACAGUUAAAAAUCACUGUUACCCUGCAUCUGGUAAUGUAUGUGCCAAUGACUUAAUGUAACUAGGUGCAAGACUAUAGCCACUGCCAGUACCUAGGAAGUAAAGAAAGCUAAUUCCACAGCAACAGGCUUAAAGUUGUUGGCAUUUAGCGAAAUUACAUGCCAAGGAGUAAUCUUAAAAAAGGGCAACAUUAAUUCAGGCCCAUGUCUCCCCUAAUUUGCUUCACUUUACAAAUAACAGCACACAGCCUUGACAUCUUUUCCUUAUGUCAAGUCUAUUACCCUCUCUCUCCAUAAAGUUCUGAAUAAGAUGAACACUCAGGAAAUAAAAAACAAGAAGUCGUUUCUACUAUUAUUUAUUUUUUUAAAUAUUUUUGAAAAAAUAUAAUUUUUUUACAAUAUUUUCAACUUAAACACUAUUCACACUGAACACGUAUGGCAGCUUAAGCUACCCAAAUAUGAAGUUUAAGAAGCCAAAACUGUUCUAGUUGUAUUAAAAAAAAAUUGUGCUGCAGACUACUGUGUAGUGGAUGAUUAAACAAAGCAAGGGAAAAGCACCACUCAAAUCACUAACCCUAUAAAGUUUUACAGGUAAAACCAACUCUUUUGAGGUUGUAAAAUUUUAUACAGGCAGUGCCACGUUUCUGGAUUUCUGGAAGAAAUUGUGAUGCAUAACCUCGCAUCAAUUUAAAUAUAAAUGCAUUAGUGGGACAAACAUUCCAACAUGAUAACUUGCUGUAAUACAAUCUCAUCUGCCAGUCAUUUUUGUUUCUCUUCCACCAGAUCUGGUAGCCAAGAUAAAGGACUUUGUACAGGUCUGUAAAAGCAGUUCAUGUAUAAUACAUUAUCCACGCUCUUCUCAAAAAAGAAGAGCAGGAUGUGAAAUUUUGCUUCAUCAUGGGAAGAGUUAGUAGCAGUUCUGAAAUCCAGCUAAUCUGCAUAAUCAAACCUUGCUUUUAUUUCAUGUUAAGGCAUUAUCAGGUGCAUAUCGACACCAACUCUUGCUUUAGCUAAAACAGACCACUCCUUGUCAUGAAUCCUUCUACAAGUAGAAUUCCAAGAGUUUCUCAGAAACUUGGUACAUUUCUCAACUUGACUGGUGCUUCCUACCUCACUGUCUCAUUCACAAAAAGAGCCUGGGUCCAAUUGUAAGUGUUACUUUUUUCUCUCCAUUCCAUUAACCUCUGACAGCAGUUGACUUAAUAACAGUCUCAGCACUUUUAUUAAGCAUGCAAGACUAACAAAACUUUGGCAAUGCGUAAGUGUAACACAGUGACAAGAAGAGAGAGCGUUUUAACAAUUAAAUCUUCUAAUACUGGCUUCACAGUGUGGAAAUUGUGCUACAUCCACCAAAAGAGGGCCCAGUCUACUCAUAUAUUUAGUACUUCACCCCAGGAACAAACUCCUUUGCAUUUGGAUUCAGAUUACUCUUGACCUGGAGAAAAAAAAAAGACAUUAUAGAUUGAGUUUA